CAGCGGCAUGGCGCGGCGGGCGCGCAGCAGCAGGGCCUGGCGCUUCGUGCUGAGCGGCGUGCGGCGGGAGGCCGAGGGCCGGGCGGGCGGCCUGGCACCGCGCGCCUGGGGCUACGACUCCGACGGACAGCACAGCGACUCGGACUCGGAGGCGGAGCCGGCGCCGCUGCCGGCCUCCAUCCCCAGCGCCGUGCCUGUCACCGGGGAGUCCUUCUGCGACUGCGAGAGCCAGAGCCAGGCGCCCUACUGCCCCAGCCUGCACGGCCUGCACCGCCUCAAGGACUGCCGCUGCGGCGAGGAGGACCAGGACUUUGAGUGGGUGUGGGACGAGCUGAACAAGUCCACGGCCACGCAGCUGAGCUGCGACAACCGGAAGGUGAACUUCCACACGGAGUACAGCUGCGGCACCGCCGCCAUCCGCGGCACCAAGGAGCUGGCCGAGGGGCAGCACUUCUGGGAGAUCAAGAUGACCUCUCCAGUCUAUGGCACAGACAUGAUGGUCGGCAUCGGGACGUCGGAGGUGAACCUGGACAAGUACCGGCACACCUUCUGCAGCCUGCUGGGCAAGGAUGAGGACAGCUGGGGGCUCUCCUACACAGGGCUGCUGCAUCACAAGGGGGACAAGAUGAGCUUCUCCUCCCGCUUUGGGCAGGGCUCCAUCAUCGGGGUGCACCUGGACACCUGGCACGGGACCCUCACCUUCUUCAAGAACCGCAAGUGCAUCGGAGUUGCAGCCACCAAGCUGCAGAACAAGAGGUUCUACCCCAUGGUGUGCUCCACGGCGGCCAAGAGCAGCAUGAAGGUGAUUCGCUCCUGCGCCAGCUGCACCUCCCUGCAGUACCUCUGCUGCUUCCGCCUGCGCCAGCUCCUCCCCGGCUACGUGGACACGCUGGAGGUGCUGCCCCUGCCCCCAGGCCUCAAGCAGGUGCUCCAUAACAAACUGGGGUGGGUCUUGAGCAUGAACUAUAGCACCUCGAAGCCUUCCUCCUCCUCCUCCUCCUCCUCGUCGGGAAGCGACUCGGAGAGCUCGGACGCAGAGGCCUGCCAAAGGAAGAGGUGCAGGAGGACAUAGUGCCUGCAGCUGGACUGCUGGGGGGGAGUUGGGCUGGGGGUGGUGUUCCCCUCCCCAGCUGUGAGGGGCAGCCAGGCCUGCAGCUCCUCUUCUCUUCAUGGGGGACUUCCAUUUCUGCUCGUUGGCCAAGGUUGC